AUGACACUCACAAAUCCUGUUCGGCGAGUAGCUGUCAUCGGCGCGGGGCCCUCUGGCCUCGCUGCAGUCAAAUACUUGCUCGCCGAGAAUCAUUUUGAGCAUAUUCAUGUCUUCGAGCAAAGAAACUCCGUUGGAGGAGCCUGGAACUAUAAUGAUAGUUUUCCCAAACGAGAGAUGUCAACGACUGUCCCGCAUCUAAACCCUCAUGAGCCCGUUGAGAAGCCAAUCUGGAUCGAGAACAGCGAGGGAUCUCGAGAGACAACUUUCGUGUCUCCUGUUUACGAUCGAUUGGAGACUAAUAUUCCCAAGGAUCUGAUGCGUUACUCUGAUAAGCCAUUUUCUCCGGAGUCGCAGCUCUUCCCGAAGCAUCGGACAGUGAAACAAUAUCUCGAGGAAUAUGCCGAGGAUAUCAAAUCCUUUAUUCAAUUUGAGACCCAAGUCUCAGAAGUGACAUUACAGGAUGACAAUCUGAGCACAUGGAGUGUAACAACAAAGAAUUUCCGUACUGGCACUGACACAACCGACACUUACGAUGCUGUGGUCGUGGCCAGUGGUCAUUUUACGGUCCCUUAUAUUCCCAGCAUCCCAGGAAUACAAGCCUGGGAUGAAUCAUAUCCUGGGUCAAUAUCUCAUGCCAAGUUUUACGACACCCCAGAACCAUUCCGAAGAAAGAAAGUGGUUGUGGUGGGAAGUUCGGCUUCCGGGCUUGAUAUUGGUGCCCAGAUCAACGAAGUAAGCCAAGGCAAACUUCUGGUUUCCCAACGAUCUGAAUCCUAUAUGGCUGGACCCUCAAAUGAGGAUAAAAUCAUCUGCCCGGAGAUAGUCGAAUUUCUUCCUUCGGCCUCCCAUGACAGAGGCGUCAAAUUUGCGGACGGCCGCAUCGAGGAACAUGUUGAUUCUGUCGUCUUCUGCACUGGCUAUUUUUAUUCAUAUCCUUUCUUGUCUUCACUGAACCCGCCCGCCGUGACUGACGGGUGGCGCACCAGGAACGUCUACCAGCAACUAUUCUACAUAGACCAUCCCACUCUUGUGUUCCCUGUGCUUUCGCAGCGAGUUAUUCCAUUCCCUAUGGCAGAGAAUCACGCUGCUGUUUUCUCUCGGGUUUGGUCAGGACGACUCGUACUUCCGUCCACGGAUGAAAUGAAGGCAUGGGAGCGUGCUGAGGUCGAUGCCAAAGGAGAUGGCAAGGCGUUUCAUUUGCUUCCAUUUCCCAUGGAUGCCGACUACCUCAACUUUCUUCAUGAUUGGGCGAAAAGUUCCGAUCCCCGCCCUGGAUUGUUGAACAAUGGACAAGGCAAACUUGGCACUCGAUGGGGCGAGCGGGAAAGGUGGAUGCGGUCUAUUUUCCCGGAUAUCAGGCGCGCUUUCGUACAGCGAGGUGACGAGCGCAGUCGUAUCAAGAACGUAGCAGAGCUCGGCUUCGUUUUUGAAGAGUGA